CUCUCCUUUGCACCUUUGGUUCUUUACUGCUAUAAAUUCUCAUCAAGUGGGUCAAGUUUUCAUUCUUGCAAAACAAGCAAAGUGUACAACAGAGCUUAUCAUAUCCUCUAUUUGCUUAACAUAUUGCAUACAAAAUGCAGGAUAAUCCAGACAUGUUUGAAACAACUACAUGUUUUGAUCCAAACUCUAUAACCCAUAAUCAACAAGUGCUAACCGAGCAUCACGACGUCCACCAAAUGCCCAUUUUCUCCGCCUUUGAACCACCCGCAGAUCACAAUCAUCUCAUCAACAUGGAAAUGGAUUAUUACCAAAACCAUCAACAAAACAACUGGUUACCAAAAUGUUCAUCAACAAUACUCUAUUCCAACCCGGCCCAAGUUUAUCAAACUUCGGGUCAAGUUAUGUAUGACCACCCGGUAUUACCAAAUGGGUUCAAUCUAUUUGGUGAAAGUGAUAUGGAAAGAGGAGAACAUAGUCAUAUGUAUUAUGAAGGAGAUGCGGUUUUCGAGUUUGAUGUAGGAAUUGUUAAGGGAAGAGGGAGAGAUAAGAAAGAUGCAAAACAUUUUACUAAUGAAAGACAUAGGAGACAAUUAUUGAAUGGCAAGUUUGUGGUGUUGAGGAGUUUGAUCCCAAAUCCUUCUAAGGAUGACCGCGCAUCGAUUGUUGGAGACGCUAUCGAAUACAUCAAUAAUCUCAAGAGGGAUUUGGAGGAGCUGAAGAUUGCUGUUGAUAGGAAGAGAUGCAACCGAAGUAGGAUGAAAAGACAUAAAACCGAAGACCAUCUCAAUUUCGAUGUAGAGAGUAACACGGGUCAUGAUCAGCAAGCCUAUAAUGGUAGUUCAAGUUCUACUAUGAAGAGUUCAUGGCUACAGAGGAAAUCAAAGAAUAUCGAAGUCGAUGUUAGAGUUAUUGAUGAUGAAGCUACAAUCAAAUUGGUGCAACAAAAGGGGAUCAGUUGUUUGUUGCUUGUUUCUAAGGCUCUUGAUGAGCUUAAUCUGGAUGUUCAUCAUGUUGCUGGUGGACUCAUUGGUGGUUACUAUAGUUACUUGUUCAAUAACAAGAUUUGUGAAGGGUCUUCUGUUUAUGCAAGUGAUAUAGCAAAUAAGCUAAUUGAGGUGGUGGACAAACAAUAUGCAAAUGUUCCAAAUCAUUUCUAGCUACAAGGACACAAGAUUUGUGAGGGAUUAUUUGGGCUUAUGCUUUUUUGCUUAGAUAUUAACAUCUGUGCUUGAAGGAUUAUAUGGACUUAUUAAGGAUUUUUUUUUAUUAUACAUAAUAUUUAAAGUUGUAAUAACUAGAUUAUCAGUUGUUUGAGCAUGGCAAAUUCCUGACUUACCAAAA